CGCAGGUCGUCUCACAAGGUGCCAUCUUGCUCCCACCGAACUCAAUCAGACCCCGGUGUCUGCCACAGAGCUCUAGCCACCUUAGCACGAUGUCUCUCCUUGAUACAGCAGCAGGUAUUAUCACGGAUACGGCGGAUACUCUGACAGGGACGUCUCCAGCUACGCCAACACCGACAACGAGGACACCCACGCCAACCACGAGGACGCCCACCCCGACAACCAGAACACCGACUCCCACUACAAGAACACCAGCUCCCACUACAAGAACGCUGGCCCCACCCACCACACCAGCUCCCGUAUCGACCACUGCGACGGCGCCCAUAGCGACCACUGCACCACCUACGACUAUUUCAUCGGCAUCCACAACCAGUACAUCAACCCCCUCCACAGACACCUCAACCACUAACGCAGUCUCAGAAGCGCAGUCGACACCGGUACCGGCUUUAAGCUUCAGCUCCGGCUCCAGCGGUGCUCCUGAGACCACAGCGCCGGCUUCGGCAAUUGCGAGCGCCAACGCAUCGACUACGGUGGCUGUUAACGUAAACUGUCAUUCAGGCGACAGCGAUGCAUCGUCGGGACUCACCACGGUGGAAAGAAGCGGCGAGGGUAUCAGCACAGGAGCCGUCAUCGGUAUCGUCGCCGGUGCAGUUGUGUUCGUUCUUCUGAUCGCUGGGUUUGCCUUCUGGCUGUAUCGCCGCAGGAAACGGAAAAUGACCCCACGAUCGUCCUCGUUCGACGCUUCGUACGCUAUGGCCCCGAUCACUCUGCCCGCUGCCGAGCCGAUCCUGUUGGAAAGCUACUCGCCAUCUCCGGCAAUUGCGGUUCACGAUCUCAACAACUUUGACCGGACGGUGGACCUAGACAGCACUAGAAAUCUCGACUCCACACUGCGGCUCGAUAGCAGCGCGGCUUCCAUGCCAUCCACCAAGAAAACCAGCAAAACCGGAGCUGGUUUAUGGGAAGAUGAAGCCAUCUUGGCAGCUCGUAUCCCGAUGGAAAAGCUCACUCGAAAGGAACUCGUCAGCGAAGGUGGUCACGGCGCUGUCUACCAUGGCUUGUACCGCGGCGAGUGCGUCGCCAUCAAGGUGUUGCUACCCGAUAAGAGGAAGGAUAUGCGUCAGAUCAACAUUUUCCUCUCGGAAAUUAAGAUGAUGGCCAGCAUUGAGCAUCCUCGCAUCGCGCGCUUCGUCGGUGUGGCGUGGGACGCGCUCACUGAUCUCUGCGCUGUCUCUGAGUUCAUGCCCGGUGGCGACUUGUUCUCGUUAUUAAGGCGCUUCGAUCGCGUAGACCGCCGACCGCAGGGUUUCGACGAGGAUAAGGCCAAGAUCGCGGUGCAUGUGGCACAGGCCCUGACGUAUCUGCACUCGCUCGACCCUAUCGUACUGCAUCGUGAUCUCAAGUCGAUGAAUAUUCUUCUGUCAGACGAGUGGGACGCCAAGCUCACCGACUUUGGCGUCUCGCGCAAGUGGACAGCUGAAACAAUGACGGCUGGCGUGGGUACAAGACGCUGGAUGGCUCCUGAGGUCAUGAUGGGCAAGCACUACGACACCAGUGCCGACAUCUUCUCGUUCGGCGUGGUGCUGUCAGAAUUGGACUCGCACCAGCCUCCGUACGCGAGUGCGAUCACCUCUAUUACGUCCGAAUCGGGCGAGAAAGUGACGGAGACGGCGCUGAUGGAGAUGGUGGCCAUGGGUCGUGUCCGUGUCGAGUUCUCGUCGAAUGCACCAGCGGCGCUUGUGAACCUCGGCCACGCCUGUGUGGACCUGGACCCGAGGGCGCGCCCCAGCGCCGGCGAGGUGCAUUACCAGCUGCAGAAGAUCCUGCGCAGGUACCAGAAGUACACGCUGUAG